GCAUGGACUGUAGUUUUGGGGGCCUUUAAUGGGGUAGGACUAGUGCAGUUUCUGAGGGCUUGCUUUGCUUCAUUGUGGGGGGGUUUCCCCUACUCUAGCACGCUCUCCAAGUCAAGAUAGUUCUGAGAGCCUUGGAUAAGGAGAGUGAGGAGCAUCUAUAGGCUUUAGAUGCUCAUGAGAAUUGGACAGGCCUUUUUAGAUGGAAGCUGAAAAGGGCUUCAGUGCUCCUGAAAGCUUUCUGAAACUCUAGGCUGAACUCUGUGUGCUAGCUUGUGACAGUGUUUGAAAGCAAUUGGAAAUGAAUACUGCCUCAUCUUCAGAGAGUGGCUCGUACUCCACGAGCCACCCCAGGCCCUUCUUCUAUGCACAGCCAACAGCACAGCAGCCUUUCCCAAAUCCAUGGUACCUCAGUCAUGCAUACAGCCCCUACUAUGUGCCUGCUCCAGGCUACCGAAGUGGAAGCCCCUAUUUUCCCUUUUAUCCCGUUGCGCUCCACGAGUACCCUGGCUAUAUCGUUCCACAGCAUCCAGUGCAUGCAAGAGUUAACAGAAGGCCUUAUUUUAAUGGUCCCCCACCUUCCCCUGUGUUUUAUCAUGCCACAAGAUUUAGACACUAUAGUACCUCUGGGAAAAAGAUGGAGACAAAAGAAACACAGACUGAUCCUAGACAGCCUGAAAGCAAGCCGAGAAAGCAUCAGGAUACCCGUGCGGAAACGAAAGGCUGUGAUGCAGGAAACGUGGCCUGUGCUUCUUCUGGUAUAGGUACAGAGACUGAGAGUGCCUCAACAAAUCAAGAUUCAUCUGGAUCUUCCAUUGUGGUAGACAGAGAAUUUCCUAACAAGAGCCCUUCCAGCUCUACCCAGUAUAGAAAUCUUCCUACUGGAAGCUAUGCCUUUGAGAAGGAGGAGGUGAGAAUAGAGUAUGGGAAUGGCUCUCCUGCUAUUCAGCUGUGGAAGACCUUUAAAGAAACUAUCCCCUUGUAUGAUGUGGCAAGUGGCAAAGCAGUUCCAGAGAAUGUAGUGCAGCGUGACUUAUUUUCUGUUAGCUCCUGUGAAGGGAUGAUCUAUGGCCCCCGUGAUGGGGAGAAGAUGGUGCCAGCAGCUUCCUCAGAUGAGAAAAAACCUGUUCUCCCCUCCAAACAGGCUGCCGAAACCACCCAGGAGAAAGAGGUCCUGAACAGUGAAGUGAAGCUGGGUGCAGAACAGCAGGUGAACACAAGUCAACAGGCAAAAUGCCCCCGGGGUGAAACCAUGGCAGUGCCCGUGGCAGAGCUGGCAAGGUCUGCCAGCACAGAGCAGCCAGUAGUGAGACAGGAUGUGGCAGCAGCCAAGAAAUCAGGCUCGAAGAAAUCCACAGGUUCAAAACCUCCUUUGGAGGAGCCCAGCUUGGUUCAACAAGCAGGACUGCUUCCCUCUAGUAUGGAGAUAACAGAUGAGUUGAGUUUUCAGCAGGAAAAGCUGAACCUAAGCCACAGUGCUGCCAGUGAAAGCCAAACAGAUAAGAGUGUGUGGUGUGAGGAGUCCCUGAGGUAUGUUCCCUCUGACAGCUGGCUGGCGCGCCUGGACAGCAUGGAUGCUACCUACAGCUACGACCUUUGUUUGCCACAAAGGAAACCUCCCAGUGUCCUCAGUCUGUCUUCUGAUGAUAUGUCUUCCAGAGAGGAAGGCUCAUCCACUGAUAAUGCUGCAGUGACUUAUUUUGUCCCUGACUAUGUGCUUCAGAAAAGCAUGUACACUUUCCAGGAAGGUACAGAGGGCUUGAAGAAAGAAAAAGUUACAAGUGGUGGCUUCCUUAAUGAAGAUGAAGUAGUAGAGAAGGAGCAGAUGAGCAACCUGAAUGACCAAGACUCCAAAAACUCUUCAACCCUGAAGACUAAGGAGGCUUCCAGCAGAGGUAGGAAGCUGGGAGCCCUUCCUAGAUCUUCUAGUCAGAAAGAAAUCUUUUCUCUCAAGAGCAAAGCACCUAAGAGGUUGCCAGAAGUUGAGGACCCUGAAGAAUAUUCUGCAAGGGAAGAAGAGGAGGAGGAAAGUGAAGAGGAGGAAGAUGAUGACGUGGAUGAAAUUGAGUUUUUCUUUCAAGAACCCACCCCAUAUGGAAUCUUGACACCCAGUAAAGGCAGUUUCUACCCAGUUGGCCAGAGAGUGCUUUGGAAACCACCUAAAAAUGUUGUCCCAGCUCAGUUUAUUGGCUGGCCUGCUCAAGAGAAAAUAAGCAGGGUUGGACUUGGUGAAAACAUUGGUGCAGCUUCCAAAGCAAAGGAGAAAGUCCCGGAUGAAGCUGCCUGCAGUGACUAUGGGUGUUACGGGAGGAAGAGGCCCAUGGCAAGAAGAGAGGCAGCUGACCACCAGCGGGCGCUCCGCAAGUUCUUGGGAGGAAGGCUGUUAAGGGAGAGCAUGGGGAUAUGGCCUGAAGAGUACUGGAUCACAAGUGGUGCUAAACCCAAAUUUACCAGCCAAGUAUAUAGCAGUGUCUCCGCUCCAGCCAAGAGCAAAGAACAAGGGUGCCCACCUCUGGUUAAACCAAAGAAGAAAAGAAUAGGCAAAUCACUUUCAAAAUGCAGAGACACAAGACAUGAGGUGGAAGAAGUGUGGGAGAUGCCUAGAAGCGUACGCAAAGGGCAUGGAGCAAGAAAGUCUCUCUCUAAGAGAAGAUAACUGCAAAUGCUGGGGCAGGAGUGGGAUCAAGAGUCUUGGAGGUUUGCAUAAACCCAGAGCUUGGUUGUCGUCUCUUCUAUGAUUUGUACAAGUUGCUGUGCACUCCUCAAGGGUAAGAAGUAGCACUGUAGAGACUGAGGACACUGUUCAAAUGGCAUGAAGUAUUUAACACUCAAGUCACCUUUUUACAGCUAGCACAUCCACUAUUUAAGUAAUAAAUUUCAUAGAAGUGCA